GCACCUUUGGAUAAUGGAGAAACGGCAGAAUAUCGAAAUUUCUUGAUCCAACUACUUGAUAUUCGGACGCAAACAUUAAGUUUGUUGACUCAACCAUUACAUCAAUACUACCAAGGCCGCAAGGUAGUCAGCUAUUUUUGGUUUGAUCCCAACACAGAACAUGUAAUGCAUCACCACGACGACCACGAUCACUCCACAACCAGUAACACGAGUCCAUUAAAUACGGUCUAUGAAAUGACGAGUUCUUGGAAUGUGACUAAAGAAUUAAUAGAAAAUGAAAAGGCCGAACAGCAUGGGUCCACAAUCGAUGUUUCAUUCUGUAUCCGGGCCACAGAAAACGAAGCCAAAGCUGCAAAGACCGUUUCAAAACCAUCGUCAGGAAAGAUUUUGCAUAUCAAGGAUGAGAUUGUAGCCAAUGUACUCUGGAAAACUUUGGAGAUUCGCGAUUUUCUUACUUCUUCCAAACAUAUUCACACGCCCUGGGGUCGUGCCUUGUCUGUGGCCCUGACCAACAUCUCCAAGACAAUGGGGGUGCAGCCUACAAUGUCUACUCAGGAGGCUUUUUUGACUGCAUUUGAGUUGAUCCGUUUUGAUGUUCUGACCAAUAAACCGUACAGCAAGACAUACUCUACUAUUGCUGGAGAUGAAAAAGAGCAGUGUCAUAUCCGUCUAAUUUCACGUGCACUAUCUUUGCUGCCCAUGGAACUUAAGAGUGCUCCCUGGUCUGGUCCAUUUAAUCGGGAUCUUUUAGUGUUCAACAGCUUUGUGAAGGCACUUGAUCGUAGCUAUAGAAAUUUGUGCGAAAUGUUGACUCUUUCGCUCUUCCUCAAUAAUGGGGUCGUAAAAGAGCAAAAAGAUUAUUUUGAGAUUGCGGAUAGUCUUCCUUACAUGUCGGAUGCCAAUGUUACCCUCGGACUGGUUACGAAGCAUUACCUUGAGCAGAUUGUGACUGGCAGAGAUCCUGCAUCUGCCACCCAGUCUGCAGAAAAGACAUUCUUGUCGUGCACUGCAUUGGCUGCCGAUCUUAGGAGGGGUCUCUUGUUCUGGGAUGCACUUGUCAAGGGUACCAAGGUUCUUAAGGAUGCAGGAAGUUUAUCGAAUGAGUCCUACCAAGCCUUUUAUCAGGCUAAUCAGUGGUUACAGAACAAGUUUUAAUAGUUCCAAAUACAUAAUGUACAUAUGUAUACAUGUAGGAAACUUGAAAUUAAUGUAUUUAAUCUCCAAAAUAACACACUGUUGAUGCAUGAAGCUUUUUGGCAUCAGAGUGAUGGAACGGUUGGUAGGUUUCAAUUUUUGAAAUGAAUUCUUAUUUUGUUUGAUGGUGCAGUAAACUGCUUUUACCCUGUACUGCGCAGAUAUAGAACUUCUAUUUGACUCGGGCUGACUUGUUUGGUUAUAAAAUAUAAAGCAAAUCAUAACAC